UUUGUUUACAUGGUGCCGGUUUUAACAGAAAUGAUUUAUUAUAAAAAAAACGAGAAGGACUACAGUAGUGAUUUUCGAAAGGACCUUCUUUGCAUAAUUCUGAAGAGAGUGAAAAAAAAAUAAAGUCAUUUUGUCAAGCCGUGUACGAGAUAUCCAUGACACAGACAUUUUUUGGACUACAGACUAACUGAUGUCCAUGAUACAUAUUUUUUUUUGAACUUUUUUUUAUUGUAAUAUGUAUCGGACAACUUAAUGAAAGUAUCAGUCUUAUUAAUUAGUGUUUCCUAUUUUGAUUAAUGUGCUUUUUAUAACGUCAACGAAUGGUGACCCUAGGACACAGUAUUGGAGUAAUAUAUUUGCAGAGUAAAGUACGACGACUUCCUGAAUAAAUGCAUUGAUGCGUUUAAAGGAAAUGGCAGGCAUAAAUACUGCAAUAUAUAUGAUAAAACAAAUAAAAUACCCCAAUGUCGUUUGCAUAUCACGUAUAACAAACUUCUCGAAUGAUUUGUCGUACAUCCAAUAGGAAUGCGGUUUUAACGACAGGAAGUUUACGCAAAAUCACCCUAUAAACAAAGUCUAUAGAUCUGACAACAAACUCAGAGGUUGAGGAUUCAAAGUUCAAAAGAGUAUAAGCGUAAGAGAACGAGGGGAAAGAAUAAAAAUAAAGGGAUAAUAUAGAGUGAGGAAAAGAGUAGAAGAAGAAUUUAAAAGUUAAAGACGCAGUGGUGGUACGUCAUACAUACAGGGUGGUACGCGCGGUAUGGUGGUGACGGUGGUGGUUGCCAACAAAUGCUGCCAUGCUUGGACGAUGCCAGCCGGCGACCUGGACGUGGCCGCUGGAACCAAUGCUAAGGACACUCGACCUCGUACAUAUUACAACGACAACGACAACAAGCUGGUUGGUUGUAAUACUCGUGUUUACCAUUUGUGGCACUCACGCUGGCCCGAGGUAUGCUUCGCGCAUCGUCGAGACCAGAAGUGGCCAGAUAAGAGGCAUACUGCAGGAAUUAAACGGGCGAUUGGAUCCAGUGGAAGUAUUUCGAGGUAUUCCUUACGCUGCUCCGCCGAUUGGAGACUUACGACUGCGAGCUCCAUCCCCGCCAAUUCCGUGGUCUGGCGUAAAACUUGCAGACACAUUCGGACCAGUUUGCCCUCAGAAACCGCCAAAUGUUGCCAAUUACACGAUUGCUCUCAGCGUGAUGCCAGGGGGACGCUACGAACCGCUGAGAAAAAUGGUGUCUCAUCUUGGAAAUCAGAGCGAAGAUUGUCUGACUCUAAAUUUAUAUAUUCCAGGCAGUGGAUCAAGAGGAUUGGAAGCACCGUAUGCCGUUAUUGUUUACAUUCACGGUGAAAGUUUUGAAUGGGGCUCGGGUAAAAUGUACGACGGUUCAGUGCUUGCAAGUGCAGGUCAUGUUAUAGUCGUUACACUCAAUUAUCGGCUUGGAAUUUUAGGUUUUCUGAGGACCCGAGUAACACCCGAUGCAAAUGGUAAAUUGAACGGCAAUUUAGCAUUGAAGGACAUUGUCAGAGGUCUUCAAUGGGUGAGAGAGAACAUUGGAGCAUUUGGAGGUGAUCCAACACGUGUGACGUUAAUGGGUCAUGACACUGGAGCGGCUCUUGUUAAUCUUGUUCUUCUUGCACCAUUUUCCAAAGGUUUGCUGCACAGAGUAAUACUAUUGAGUGGUUCGGCACUAAGUCCUUGGGCAUCAGUACACGAUCCUAAUAACCUGAGGCGAAAGGUCGGUGAGCAACUUAACUGUUCAAUGAACAACGACGACGAGGACAUUGCUGAUUGUCUUCGUGGUGUACCACUUCAUGUGUUACUUAACAUUGAAUUGCCUGAAAUCAAAUUUAUGCCACGUAUUGGGCCUGCGUUGCCAAUAUAUCAAAACAAUCCAGAUCCAGCGAUGGACAUGGAACGUGCAAGCGAUGCAUUUAUUAAGGUUCCACUCAUACUCGGUGUAACGACUGCCGAGGCUUACCUAGAUUUCAAUGACAAUGAAAUACAAUUUGGCUUUGAAGAGAAUCAGCGUAAUCGGAUUUUACGUACGUACAUCAGAAAUGCAUAUUACUAUCAUUUAAAUGAAAUACUGUCAGCUGUGAGAAACGAGUACACCGACUGGGAUAAACCAAUAAUACAUCCAGUUAAUUUAAUGGAAUACACUAUGGAGGCUCUCAGUGAUGGACAUACUGUUGCUCCGCUUAUGAGAGUUGCAUUUUACCAUGCACGACGUGGUGCCAAUACUUACUUCUACCACUUUAACUAUCAAUCCAAGGACAGUAAAUUUCCGCAGAGAUUGGGUAGUGUACGUGGUGAAGACAUACCUUAUAUAUUUGGAUUACCUUUGAUAUCUGGUGGAGCAUUUUUCCCUCACAAUUACAGUCGGCAGGAUCAAGGUGUCGCUGAAGCCAUACUCACGUUUCUUACUAAUUUCGCUAAAACUGGGAAUCCCAAUUUACCUCACAAUAUUGAAUCCGUUGAUUACGGAACCGAGAGAGAAAAAGCACGAUUUCGUGGACUUAAUUGGGAACAAUAUGAAACUGAAUCACAAUCCUAUUUAACAAUAGCUCUUAAACCAAAAGUAAAGAGUCAUUAUCGUGGUCAUAAAAUGGCAAUGUGGUUAAAUUUAAUACCACAAUUGCAUCAACCGGGGGAUGAGGAUGUAUCUAUGAGACAUCAUCAUUUCCGUGAGCAUGGAGAUCAUUUUUAUUCAGGAACUGUGCGAGACGAAUGGCACACACCAGUGCCCCUGUUUGAUCCAACAAGGACGAGCACCAUGUCAACAUCAUGCACAACUCAAACAGACGAUCAAAUAACAGAAGACAUGACUGCAAUAUUAAAUAACAAUAACGACGACGCGGAAUUGCUACAAAGAUUAGCGUCGCGCCACUACUACAGUACGACAACCGCACUAGCAAUAACUGUCGGUGUCGGGUGCAUUCUAUUGGUCCUAAAUAUGUUAAUAUUCGCUGGCAUUUACUACCAACGUGACCGUGAUAAAAAACGGGCGUCAUUGGGUUGUGUGGCCAAUGGUCAAGAAUCAUUAGCGAUGACGACGCGUCCGUCAUUAAAAUCAAUCGACAAUAAUUCGACUUCUGUUCAAGAACCCCCGCCUUCAUACACAACCUUGGCUAGAAAUACAAACAAUACUUUGAAGAAUCAACAACAAGAACAAAAACAACUGCAGCAGCAGCAACAACAACAACAACAACAACAACAACAACAACAACAUCAGCAUGAUGUUGAUAAUAAUAUUUCCAUACCAAUAAAUAUGACAAAUCAACAAAUAGAUAACGAUAAUGAUAACGAUGAUAAUGACAAUGAUGAUAACAAUGACAGUGAUGAAGUUAAUAAUGAACAGGUUAUCAAAAAUACAUAUAUUAACUCGUCAUCGACGCAUAGUAAUAAAGACUUAAUAAUGCCUCCUAAACCACCCGUUAGAACAACUAGUUCAUUAAGUACUGGGGUGGGGGCUGCUGGGGGUGGUACUAUUAAAAAACGUGUGCAAAUUCAAGAGAUAACUGUAUAGCAUUAGGGGUUGCCCCAAGCGGGCACGAUUAAAUCCAAGCACGUUACUUUUAAUGAAGAUAAUAAUACGAUUCAAGAUACACGUUUUUAAUUUUUUUUUUUUUUU